AUGCGCGGCCCGUUCGCUGUCCAGCAAGCUCUGAAGCCCCUGCACGUAUUCCUUUCUCUGAAUAUUGUUCGACUGCAAGAAAGUCUCGAUUUCCUUCUCACGCUCCCGAACCCUCUCCUCAAGGGCCUCGACUUUGAACAAGGCGUCCCUCUCGGCCGCCAGGUGUCGCUCGGCCUCAUUCGCCAGGUCAGCUUUCUGGCGCUCGAGAAACUCGGCGUGCCUCUCGGCUCUCUCGAUUUGGGCGAGACGCUCCAUGGCGAUGCGUUGGAAAUCGGAUUUUUCUUUUUGGGCCGAGACGGCUUCGGCCCGGGCAGCGUCGGCGAGCUCGGUGGCCCGCUUGGCUUCCUUCUCGGCUGCGCGACACCUGUCGUGGAGCUCCUCGAAUUGGUUGAACUGAGACUGGUAUUUCUGGUCGAGGUGGGUUUUCUCCUGUUCGAGGCGGGAGGCUUUGUUUUCUGCCAGGCGGGCGGCGAGUUCGGCCGACUCGAGUUUUUCGGCCAGCCUCCUCCUGUGCUGACUGUGCCCUCUCCUGGGCAGCCGCCAGCCGGGCCUCAGCUGCCGAGCUCCUCGACUUCAGCAUCGCCAGCUCAGCACCAACCUGAUCCCCCUCUGCCUUAUGCUUGGACAGGACUAGCUCGUACUUCCUCUUCCACUCAGCUGACUCAUUCUUUGCCAAGUCAGCUGCUUUCGAAAGGUUGGACGACUUCUCCUCGAGGGAUGUGCACUUAG